AUGGACUGGAUUGACCGCCAUAUCUUCAGGUCCCUGAUAGCGGGCAUAUACCGAAACGGAGCGCAGAUGUCGGAGAAGGACAACGAAAACGAAAAGGAGAAGGAGAGCGAGUGUUUCAUCAACAUCAUCAAGUUCCUCAUCCUCGGCAACCAAGAGGGGAGCGUGGAGUUCUGCUCCCUGCUCUUCACGCACCUGUCCACGCCCGGUUCAUGCGGAGACAAGCUGGGCGCCAUAUCGGCGCUCUCCACGCUAAUCCGUGUGGAGCCUUUUCGCACACUGUUCAUUCAGUACGGUGGCGGUAGCAUCUUGUUGGACCUCUACUUCAAGGCGUCCUACGAGCUGCAUGGCGAUCAGGCCACUCGAGGACUGGGCAAGAUAUUCAACAAAGUGGUCCGAUCGGUUGGCGGCGCCACACCCCGAUCCGGUCGCAUCGAUUCAGAGGACAAAUUCUCUCCCGCGUCGCCUGUGGUAGCCAAGAAGCCGGGCAUUCUGAAGCAGCUCCGGUCCGCCUCGUCACUGAGCGACGAGGGCGGGGGUAGCGGCAAGGACGCGGAUUGGCGAAACACGAUCAGCUUUCCCAAGAGGCCCAGCCGCGACUCCGUCGUUCCGGGCAGCCCGGGCCGCAGCUCGCUCACCCGUACCGAAGGAGAACGUGUGGCGGGCGAGCCCAGGCGUCGGGCCUUCUCGGGCAACCGCGCGACGAUGGCCUUCCCCAACCCGACAUCGUCCAGCCCGCAGGGAAGCAAGAUCGACGAGCGACCAGCGCCACUGGACCUCAAGUCGCGGCCGCGUAUGCUGGUCAAGGGGGACCGCGUCUCGUCCAGCCCGUCCAUGUCCAACGCACCGCCACAGGCGUCUUCCCCGCCGCCGGCUUCGCAACCGCCCGCCGCCGCCGCCACAACAUCGGCCGCCAACAAACGGCGGACGAUGCAAAUCGUCGGCGGUAAUCUUAUCGAUUGGAAAAACACGCCCGAACCGACCACCCAAGCGCCGCUCAGUGCCAAAAGCAGCGGCGGGGCGGCCAAGAAAGUACCGCAGCUUAAGCUGCCGGGCAAGAACGACCGACAGUCGAGCAUGUUGCGCAGCCGCUCCUCCCGCCGCAUAUCCAAGUACGUCGGGUCGAUGGCCAUGGGGUCGGCCCGCGAAUCUCGAUCGGAGAUCGACUCGCUCGGCCCGGCCUACUCUGUCAACUCGGCGCGAGGCCUGCAAUCGGGCGACGAGGAGGAAGCACCACAGUCGGGCAUGGAGGAAAUGAGGAGUCUGGCGAACAAGCUCGGCGAAGCCUUCCUUGCGGCCGAUUUGACCGCUCUGACGGCGUACAAGGAGAACGACACGGGCUUCAUGACGGCGAGGAAGAAGGCCAGCGCACAGCUCGACUCUACCGAGGCACGUUUCCUCCUUGGGUCCUGGUCGAAUCGUUCGUACCCCGCCCUCUCUAUACUCAUCAACUCGCACUCUCGCCCAACGCAGAAGGAGAGAAAGGAGUUGGCUGAGCUCACCGCCCAAUUGCAAGAGCUAAAGUCGCUUGCGUGCUACAAGGUCAAGGUUCGCAUUCUCCACGUGCUGGCGACUCUCUCCACCAACCGGGCCUUCCGCGAGCAAGCGCGGAACCCAUGCAACGUGCUUCUCUCGGAGCUGGUCUUAUGCCACAAGAUCGACUAUCUGCGACUGGACGAGGACUACCGCAAGAAGAUCUACCGCGUGCUCCACUCGUACGCCGAGGAGGUCGAGUACACGCAUCGCCGCACCUGGCGGAUCCAGACCAAGGGCAUGCGGGAUGCCGAGAAGUGCAGCUUCCGGCUUCGGCUGGACCCCAUCAUCUUCCGUCUCGACAAGCGGCUCUACGACGCAAUGGAGAGCCAAAAAUUCCACAACAUGGAGCUCUACCUCUCGGUGCUCUCGGAGUAUAUGGUCAACUGCCCCACUCGCGUCAUGUCUUCUCAGGUGAUCGAAGUGUGCCUCGAGACCCUCCUGCGGCUCAAGAGCGUGGUGACGUCUCGCGGGAUCUCGCCGGACAGGCCCAAGGCGAUACAGACCUUCCAUCGCCUGCUCGUGGUAUUCGACGAGUUGGCCAACCAGAACAAGCACGCCGACACCAACGACCUGUUAUUCGACCUCUUGUUCGAAGCUUGCUCCGAGACGUUCGCCUUCAUCCGGCGAUAUGCCAUCGAGAUCAUGCUGAACAAGAAGCUGGAGGCCAAGAUUACCAACGAUCGCAACGGCGGCCAGGCCCUGCUGGACGAAUACCGCGUCCGCGUCGUCAAGCACUACAGCACCUGUUAUGACAUGAUCUACGCCAAAUUCGAGAACUUGGAGGAGACCCACAUGCAUUCGCAAGGCUCUCAGGCCGGCGGGGCGGCCGGUCAUUUCGACCGCAUUGUGGACAAGAACAGGGAGGGCAUGAUCCGCAAGAUGGAGUCGCUCGUUCAACCGAGAGGCGGUGGGUUCCUCCUCAAUUUCCUCGAGGCCGGGCCAAUGCACCACAACGCUGCGGUGAAGAUAGAGAUCCUGACCUUCCUCCAGCGGCUCUUCUCGGACAGACAGGCCACCUUCGUCAGACGCAACCGCUACAUCGACACCUACAUACCGUUGCACUACAUCAGCUUCAUCAAGCUCUACAACAGCCCCUCGGUCGACAGCGUCACCCUCACGCUAUGCACGUUGCACCUCCAGAAUCUCCUGUGCUUUGCUCAGCACAAAAACGAGAAGACGAUCCAGAAGUUCUACCAAAUGCGAAUCAUGGAUUUCCUGGUGCGGAAGAUCACGCUCGAGUACGAGAUCAACUUCAACCGCGAGAUGCAGAAGCAGGACCCGAACGCCGCGGCCGGCGGUUACGACAGCGGCAACGACUCCAGCAACAACAGCGAGAACGACGACACCAAGGCUACGGCGGAUAACAACCGCUUCACCACCGCACAAGCCAGGACCACUGUUGCCAGGGGACCGAAGAGGCGGCUUACGAUAGGCUCGCGUACGCUGAGUCAGGGCAAUGGGGUCCAUCCGUUAGCCACGUCCCUCGGCCCGGCCACGCGUCGCCCGUCGAAGCGGCAAAUGAAGAAGAAGGGCAAGGGCAAGGGGGGCGACAACGACGAGGCAAGUACCAGUAAAGCCGACAAGAAGAAGCCGGGAAAGGGCAAGAGCAAGAAGAGGGACGAUGAGAGCGACGGCAACAGUAGGAACAAGGCUGCCGGAUCGCCACGGUCGGGGACCGACCCCUCCUCAUUCCCUACGGCCGCCGCCGCCACGCUGUCGCUCUCGCAGGACCUGUGGCUCGACAGCGGAAGCGUGACGGAGCCGGUCGCCGGCAGCCGCAAGGGCAACGGCGACAGCGAAAGCGAAAGCGACCGUGAUAGCGACAGCAGCGAGGAGGAGAAGGCAGCCAAGCGACCGCCCAAGCUGCUCAUCCCCAUGCGGAGCCUCAAGGGUGGCGCGUUCAUCGACGUGCGGGACAAGAUGAAGGCCAGCAUCGAGGCGGAGCGGGUCGCCAAGCAGACCAAGUCCAGCGAGUCCGAAGAGGAGACGGACGAAGAUGAAGACAGCGAUGAUGACAGCAGCGAGGAGGAGAAGACGGCCAAGCGGCCGCCCAAGCUCCUGCUGCCGGCCGCGAGCCUCAAGGGCGGGGCGUUCAACGACGUGCGGGACAAGAUGAAGGCCAGCGUCGAGGUGGAGAAGAAGAAACAACAGCAAAGUCGAUCGGAAGAGGAUUCCGAAGAGAGUAGCAACGAUGACGACAGCGAUGACGACAGCAGCGAGGAGGAGAAGGCAGCCAAGCGGCCGCCCAAGCUGCUCAUCCCCAUGCGGAGCCUCAAGGGCGGCGCGUUCAUCGACGUGCGGGACAAGAUGAAAGCCAGCAUCGAGUCGGAGAGGACCGCCAAGCAGACCAAGUCCAGCGAGUCCGAAGAGGAGACGGACGAAGAUGAAGAAAGCGACGACGACAGCAGCGAGGAGGAGAAGCAGCCGCCCAGGCUCCUGCUGCCGAUGAGCAGCAUCAAGGGCGGUGUCACGUCCGACGCGGGGGACAAGAUGAAGGCCAGCGUCGAGGUGGAGAAGAAAAAGAAGAAGCUUAGCGAUUCAGAUGAUGAGGAGGAGGAGGAGACGGAUGACAGCGACGACAGCAGCGAAGAAGAGAAGAAGGUGAAGAAGCCCGCGGCGCUGCUGCUGCCCGCCAGCAUUCUCAAGGGCAGCGGAGGGGUGCCGAGCGACAAAGCCAAGUCGAGCGAGAGUGUCAGCGAGAAGCCGAGCGAGAGUGAGAGUGAGAACGACGGCGCAAGCGCGAGCGACAACGAAAGCGACGACAGCUCGUCCGACGACAGCGUUGACAACAAACCGAAGCGGCUGGGGCUGGCGCUCUCACUUCCCUCUGGCAUCUGCAAGGGUGGACUGCCGCCGCCCCCGAAGCAGGGCAGCCACGGCGGCGAAGACGAGGACUCGUCGUCGUCGAGCGACAGCGACGACAGCGAUCGGCGACCGAAGAAGCGACCGCUGGGCCUGUCACUCCCGUCCAACAUCCUCAAGAGCGGCGUGCCCAUCGCCGCCAAGUCGCCGCGGGACCAGGAAGCCAACGGCUCCACCAGCGACCCGACGAAGAACGAAGACGUGGAGCCGGCCGUUGCGGCAACAGGGGCCACCGAGACAAGCGCGGAGCCAGAAGCCGCCGAGGAGAAGAAACCGGAAAACUUGAGCAUUGGAGAUCACCGCGACUAUGCGCCGCCGCACCACGAAGACCUCCCUUCGCUCAGGUUGUCCGAGUUGUCGAACGGCAAGGGCAGCAACGACAUCAAGUCGGUGAGCAACAGCCUCUUCAUGAUGGCCCCGCCCUCGCCGUCUAUGGCCUCAACGGCCGCGGCGUCGGUGGCCUUAGGCUCGGGCGGUUCGACCUCCUCGAUUCCGGCGGCCUCUGCCGCGGCGUCGGCCACCGCUGCAGCCGCCAUCGCCUCUGUCAGCUCGGCGCGCAACCCGCACUCGGACAAGAUGAAGACGGCCCUCUCCAUGCGACUCCUCACCGGCGCCGCCAACCGGCUGGGCUUCGACCCCAUGCGCAGCAAGGGCGGGUCGUGCAUCGCCAUCGGCAGCAACGGUUCCAAGCGACCAGUGUCCAUGUCUCUGCAGAAGCUCCCGCAGCACUUCUUCGACCAGAAAGAAGAGAGGCACGUGACGAACCCCUUGCCUAAGGACCAUAAAUGUGCUGACUGUAUCGUGUCCGUCGCGAGCGAAUCGAGUGAUAGCAGCGAGGAGGAGGACGUGCCAGCGCGCAAGCAGUCCUUCGUGCCCGCGCUCAACCUCACGGAUGUAAAGAAGAAGGGUGAUAACGAAGCCGGCGGCGGCAAAGAGAAAAAGGGCCUACUGGGCGCGCUGCUCAUGAAAACGAGUGGCAGCAAGCUGGGUGUGCGCAUGGGCAUGGGGCGAGGCUCGCCCCGCCAUUCGGGAAUCGCCUCCCACGCCGACAACACCGUCGCCGCCUCCAGCAAGCCGCCGGCGGAUGAGGCCAGCAACGGCAACGAAACCGCCGCAAAAAAGCAGGCGGAGGACCUGGCGUUUUCGGACGAGAGCUUGGGCUACUACGAGGUGGACCAGGCGUUCGGGUUCCUGUCGAACCUGGAGCGGCAGAUGAAUCCGGACGACCCCAAGCUGCAGCUCCUACUCGGCAACCCUUACUCAUCGCACGAGGAAGACGAUAAGAAUCAACGCCAGAACACAUUGUCGCCCGAUGAUAUUAUCAUGGAGCGGCGUUUGUACGAGCGAGAGCGGGAGGACCGCAAGAUCUACCGCUCCAAGGACCUCCAGAUGUCCAUUCUGCAGCUCAUCUUUUCCUUGAUGCUCGCUCCCAAGUAUGUCCGCCUCACCAAUACGUUGGAGCCGCUUUACAACGAUCAGUUCCCGGUGAACAACAAGAAGCUCAACAUCCCGUUCUACCUCACGCUGCAUCUCAAUCACGAGGUCAACGCCGGCAUCAUCCCCGAGCUGGUGGAGCGCACCCUGAAGAUGGGCGCCUCCAACUAUCGCUUGCUCAAGCUCCUAUGCCGUCGCCUCUUCGACGCCAGCACCUACAAGAACCUCAUCCGUAUCGGCAGCGGCGCCUACGGCCAGGUCUACCGCGCCUCCCUCGAGAGCGAGAAGAUGGAGGUGGCGGUGAAGCGGAUGACGGUUCCCAAGUCGAUGCAUGAUCGGUGCGUGCUGCACGAUAUCUUCACCGAGAUCAUGGUGAUGGACAAGUUCAAGAACGACCCCAAGAUCGUGCACCUGUACGACUACGGCGUGGACGAGGAGAACUUCUGGAUCAUCAUGCGCCUCUACAAGGAUUCGCUCAAGGGCUGGCUCAAGCGGCAGCGUACGCCCUGGUUCGAGAAUCUGCCUCUCUACCUCAACAUAUACGAGAAGGUCCUGGAAACCAUGCUCUUCCUCACCCAGAACCAUGUCAAUCACUAUGACCUUAAGUGCGACAACUUUCUGUGUCACCCGCUCAACCCCGACACGACGGACGAGGAUUUCUACGACCAGCCCUCCGACGUGCCCAACUUCUUCAUCGUCCUUGCCGUUCACACGCUCCACAUUGCUCGCAUUCCACAAGCAGAACAGGUCCUGACCGUAGACGGUCACCCUCCCUCGUCUUUCAAAUCAGAUUUUGGCGAGGCCAAGUACUACACCUCUGAGGAAGAGGGCUUCACCACACGCAACCGGGGUACCGAGUUCAUCAAGUCGCCGGAGAUGCUGGUGGUGGCCAACGCCCUGCAGAAGCAGAAGGACUCCUACGACCGACGCAAGAAGGUGGGGGCCAACAGCGCGUCGGACAUCUGGUCGCUGGGCUGCCUGCUCUUCGAAUUGAUCACAGGCCAAUUCUUGUUCUACGACAACGAUUGGGUGCGAUUCUUCAUUCGAGUCACGUCGCCCGGUCAGGAGCUUAUCAACGCCGAGAAGAAGGCCAUGAUCAACAACAACUCGGUGCUGCUGGAUCUGCUGGAGUUCAUCUUGUUCCGCAACCCCAACAUGCGUCCCACCAUCAACGACGUCAUCAAUCGCUUCCAGAUGGUCAAGAACGUGCUCGUGUCUGGCGUUAAGAAGACCCACGCCACUGCGCUGAUGGAGAGGAUGGACAUGAAGGGCAGGCGGAGCAAGACCUUCGUGAAGCAGCUCUACGAUUCGCUUUCCGAUCACAACAACGAUGGGUCGCCAGCGACCUCGCCCCACAGCAUCCCGCGCGCCAACAAGACCGUGGAGAAGGUCGAGGACCAACACAAGCCUGUACAGAACAUCCUCUCUCCGGAGGAGACGGCCUACUUCGUGGAGCACGCGAGCAAGAUCACGGAGAACAUUUACAUAGGGACGAGCAGCGCGGUGCAACGCACCUAUCUCAAGUGCCAGCUGGGGAUCAGUCACGUGGUCAACUGCACGAUAACGCCCAACCCGAUGCUGCGGGACCACUUCGAGGUGCUCCACGCCAAGAUGCAGGACGAGCCCUACCAGGACAUCGUGCCCCAGAUCCUGCGCGUGGUGGGCUUCAUCCGCCGCGCGGUGAUCCGCAAGGGCAAGGUCCUGGUCUACUCGGACCGGGGCGUGUCGCGCUCGGCGGCCAUGGUGCUGGCCUUCCUGAUGGACACCCGCGACAUCAGCUACUUCGAGGCCUGCAUCCUGGUCAAGGAGCGACGCUACGUCAUCCAGCCCAACCGCGGGUUCGUGCGGCAGCUGGCCCGAUGGGGCGAAAACCGCAAGGCCCUCCGCAAUCUCACCAAGAUGGGCAAGCAGCAGUUCCAAUGUCUGUGCGGCUCGUCGAUCAUCGCCCUGCUCUCCGAUGCGGAAGAGAGCGGCGACGGCACGUCGGGCGAUGCCAGCCUCCCGACGAAGGAGACGAGCAAGUGCCCCAACGCCAAGCACGAGUACCGGGCCGGGAAGAUCAACUGGGGCUUCACCACCAUGGCCAACGUGCUGGGCGACUUUGACCACACCACCGCCGAGUACGUCCCGCGCCUCCUGCGCCACAGCAAGUCCAACACCAUCAACGUCAACGGCAGCGGCAACAACGCCAUCAACAAGAGCGCAAAGUGGCGGCUCUACAAGUGUCGCACAUGCGGCUUCCUCACCCACGCCGUGCGAUCUAUGGACGCGGGCGCCGGCCCGAGCGGAUCCCUGUCCGCCUCACAAUCGGGAGUGACGUCGUCGCCCGCCGGCCCGUCUUCGUCGCGGCCCGAUGCCCAGGUGGCCAUCGUCAUGAACCUGCCCGUGAACAGCUUCACGACCGACUACACCGGCUCCGGCCUUGGUCGCGCCGCCGCUCACUUCUGCUGA